GUCCCCGGUGGCCGCGUGAACCAUAUAUGAAGAAGCCUUGCAGCACGCCGAUGACGCCGGAAGAAAUCAAGGACAUGUGGGCGCGCAACGCCAAGCUAGCCGCGAACCAGGGGACCUGGACGCAUUUACAAUGCGAGUGCAUCUUGAACGGUGGAGCCGUCGCUGAUGGAGCUGGCUCCAUGGAGAUGCAGCUGUUCCGUACCUUCUUGCUCGGCUCGCCCAAGUUGAUCGCCUACCGCACUGAGUGGGCUAUAUUCGGGGAGCGGGAGCGCCUUGCAGGUACCAUUGAUUUCGUGGCCCGCAAUGAUCGUGGAGAAUUGGUCCUGUACGACUGGAAGCGAACGAAGCAGCUGCGGCACAAGUAUGUACUCAGGGUUUGGAUACUCUCGCUGCUACUCGAUGCGGACGACGACAAGCUGCGUGAUGAUGUCUGCAACAAGAGCUUGCUGCUUCAGACUUUGAUGCUUUUUGAGCUUCUGGAGAACGGGCAUUUCAAGAGCUUCGCGCUGGUGUGCUACACGCUUUACCACAAUGAGCUCGCGCAGGACACUUUCCGACAGGAGCUGUCGCAAGAAAUGCAGAGUCGCUUGGAAGGUGUGGAAGCAAGCCCCAUCUCAGUGAAGCGUGAAAGGCUAGAUCCGCAGGGCGCAGCAGCCAGCAGUAGCCAACACGCAGGUGCACCGCACGAGACCAAGAAGGAGGAGCCCAAGGAAGAUGAUGACGGCGCCCCGGCGGAGCCGGAAAUCAGCGUGGACACCGCCACAUGGAGCGUUCUACAGAAGAGGAGGUUGCUGCCCGGCGCUGCCAGGUCUGCCUUUGAUUUUGCAGACCACUUCAAUACACUCUCAAAUCAGAACACGCAGUUUCAGACGCAAGCAGCUGAACCCAUCGACAAUUCCCACACAAUUCUAGAGCAAACAAAGAGGUUCACUGUGUUCGUUCGGGAGAGGCUCCACGGCGUGCCCGACACGAUCGUCCGGCUUUGCGUUGCAGCCCUUGCGGUGUUCCGCGUGCGCAUUGUUGAUGUAUUCAUGCGUGAGCACGCUUUCCUACUAUGGAUCAUGCAAGGCAACAAGCAGCUGCGCUUCCACGCGGGGGAUUGCUACCUGCUGCAUCAUAGUGGGGCAUGGCAGCAAUACAAAGGUGUACCGCCAGACUGUGGCCUGGUCCAAGAGUUUCUGAUGCAGCUCGAAGGUAUUUUCCGGCGGAUGCCCAGAACCGUUGCACGCAGCCCUGACAAGGACUUCUUGGAGCGCUGCGUUGAUGCUUGCCUCGGCGCUGACGGCCCGGCAGUGCAGGUGACGCGUGCUGAGCUGGAGAACUGCUAUUUGCGUGUCCUGCUGGAUGUCUACAUUGCUGCCAUCAAGGGUGCAAAAAGAGCGGGAGCCCGAGCCGUCAAGAAGGACAACCCGGGGGAAGUGUACGAGGAAAGAGCUUCCAAGAUCGAGGCGCACGAGAAAAUGUGCGAGAAAGUCCUGGACAUGCAAUUGCAAAGUGCAGAGGCCGCGCCUCCGGCUUGCAAGCGGCGCAAGAGAAGCAAAGGUCAAGAAGCUAGCUCGCAGGCAGGUGAGCCAUCGCAAGUUGCUUCGGCGGGCAACCGGCGCAAAGUGGACGUGCAGUAUUACUAUACUUUGCCGGACACCAUUCGGACUCGCCAACAGUGCCAGUCCAGCAUCUCCGCGCAGCGGUUUUCUCGCAGAUUGCAAGCGCUACUUUUGCCUGACACAGUCGACCUGGAUAUACACAAAUUUUCACGGUCAUGGGUCAGCUUUUGA